AUGGCUGCUGAAGUUGUGUCGUCAGUGCGAUGUUUUAGAGGUUAUCAGAAUGUCUACAAGCAUCAUAGUGAUGUUUUGAAUUGUGAUAUGCACUUUGGGGCGUAUAUUCCUGACCACAAGGAAAGCGAACACUUGCCUGGAUUAUUCUACUUGUCUGGUUUAACAUGUACUCAUGCGAAUUUCAUGGAGAAGUCUGGUUUUCAAAGGUUUGCCAGCGGGCAUGGGCUUAUCGUAAUACAUCCGGACACUUCACCGAGAGGAGUUGAUCUUCCAUCAGAUAGUGAUUCCUGGGAUUUUGGGAAAGGAGCUGGAUUUUAUGUGGAUGCUACUGAGGAACCAUGGUCAAAGCAUUACAAAAUGUACAGCUACAUCAUUAAAGAAUUGCCGGAAGUGAUCAAAAACUUGUUACCGAUCAAUCUAGACAAAUUAGGGAUAUUUGGCCAUUCUAUGGGAGGUCAUGGAGCUAUAUCGAUUGGUUUGAAGAAUCCGGAUUUGUUCAAGUCGAUCUCAGCAUUUGCUCCGAUCUGUAAUCCUAUGAAUUGUCCAUGGGGUCAAAAAGCAUUUAAAGGAUACUUAGGUCAUGACACGAAAAGUUGGGAACAGUACGAUUCGUCAUUACUGUUGAAAACAUACGACGGCCCACCAAGAAAAGUGCUUAUUGAUCAGGGUGCGAGCGACUCAUUCUUGCCUGCAGGACAACUGUUGCCAGAAUCUUUAAAGUCGACAGAUAAAGUAACGGUUGAGUUACGAAUGCAACCAGAUUACGAUCAUAGCUAUUAUUUCAUUGCAACAUUCAUUGGAGACCAUUUUGCUCAUCAUAGCGUAGCUCUCAAACAGUAA